AUGCAUGAGUUGUGGGAAACAUCAGAUAAUGAUGCCACUAUUCGCAAGCAAGCUGAAAAGACACAGAAGAUGGCUGUUGGCAAUCAUCAAAGAGGAACAACCAAGGAACCCAAAAAUACAUAUGCUUCAACAAAUUCCUUGGUGGAAAAGGAAUUGAGUGUGGACAAGUUAGAGGUCUCAAGAAGAUUGACGGUGUCUGAUUUUGCAAAUUGUGGCUUUUACACGUAUACAGACCAGGUUUGGGUUCUCUAUGGUGCUGUUUUGAUUAUUAUGGCACGUUCUCUAGACAAGAUAAAGAGCAUCAAUGGCUCAAAAGAAACUCUUAAACUUAGUGUGAGGAUCAGUAAUCUAUGGUUUAUUGGCACGCCUAACAAAUCUGAGCAAGCUGAGAUGGUGUUUGUGGACUCCUAUGGUGAUGAGAUCCACGUUGUUUGUAAACAAGACCAAUUGAAGGAGUGUGUUCUAGAAAACAUCCCUUUUAGAAAAUACAGGUUUGCUGGAUUUGCAGAUAUUGUGGCUGGCCAGUUUGAACCUGGGCUAUUGGUUGAUGUUAUUGGUGUUGUGGAGGAGGUUGUCUUUCGCCAAGUUUCAGGAAAAGGUAGAAGGGUAGUCUUUAAACUAAAGGACUUGAGUCAGCAAUUGCUAUCUUGCACUUUGUGGGAUGAUUAUUGCUUGCAGUUUUUAAAGUUCUUAGAUGAUUAUGAAGGUGAUGGCCCAAUUACAGUUCUAUUGACCCAUGGUAGAAUAAAGGAAGCUCAGGGAUCUUGUCUCCCAUCGGUCAACAAUUCUUUUAAGGCUUCAAAGUUAAUUAUUAACAAACCGGUGAUGGAGAUUCAAGAAUUCAAUGAACGGCUUGCAGAGUUGGGCAUUGAGGCUCGGUCAGGUUUUAAAUCCCAUAGUGAAGGGUGUACACAGCUUUCAGGUUCUAUCCAAUUAUCAUCAAAGGAAUCAUUCUUUGGAAAGGCUGAGGCAAAGACUAUUGCUGACAUUAACACCAUCUCUAAAGAAAUUGUUUGUGUAACGGUUGGCACAAUUACUAGGAUUGUUCUGGACAAUGAUUCAUGGUGUUAUACAACUUGCAUUCAGUGUCAUAAAAAAAGUGAUGCAGAGAUGGCGCCCUUCACAUGUGCAUGCGGCAAAUACAAUAAAGAAGCUAUGCUUAGGUAUAGGCUUGAGGUGAUGAUCAACCAGGGAGAUGAAAACACAAAAUUCCUGCUUUGGGACCGUGAAUGCAGUGAAUUAAUUGGUCAAUCAGCUGAUGCAGUUAAUAAGCUUAAAAUUGAAGAUGGUGAUGUUGAUUUGAAUGCUUCACCCCAAGCACUUGAUAAGCUGUUGGGUUAUGAACUUGCUUUCAAGAUAAAGGUGCAACCCAAGUUCAGGAAUUAUGCUAUUUUGAAGUGUUCAGCUGACUCAAGCUUAAUAAAUGUUGUGAUGGAUAUGCUAGUUGAUGCUGAGACAUCUUCAAAAAUGGAUAUCCCAGUUUCUGAUUCCAAUCAUUCUGUCCAACAUGAAUCUCAAUCCUUGUCUGUGACAGCAGGCCAUGAUCCACUGCUUGGACUCCCCUUGACACCUACAAAGCGGCAUACAUUUCAAGAUUAUGAUGAUGAAGCAGGGACCUCUCAAAUUUUACCUCCACAACUUUCAUCCAACAAAUUAAAAAAACAUGGCGCAAUUUAG